AAACCACAACCUUGGAAGGUCACUUGACGGAUUUAUAAUCGUUUAUGUCGCCAUGCGACUACGCAUAAGUCAUUUGCUUUAAGUUGUGAAAGCUUACAUUUCCGAACAAUCAAGUAAAAAUGUUUCCAUGUGCAUCUUAUUCUGGUGAUGAACCAAAGAUCGAUAGUGGAUCUUUUGACAAUAAGACGUCUUGGCUUCAGAGCUCCACAUACUCGAAACAAAACCUCACUGUUCAUACGAAUGGUAGAACUUUUUAUUUAUGGUAUUAUUACUAUUCUAUUAUCUAUAGAAGCAGCAAAUACUGAAAAGGGAAGAGAAUCGAAAUCAGUUAAACGCCCAUCUUCUCCUAAAAAACAUAAAUUAGAGAAGAAUCAGAAAGUCACAUCAACUGCUGUAUUUUUGGAAGACAUUCCUGGACUAGAUAUUAAUAAUGCAUAUAGAAUUGAUCGAUCUUGUAACAGAGAAAUUUAUAAGCACGGUUGUAUUUACGAAAAACAUGUGUCACAAUUUAAACAGAAGAGUAAAACAAGAAUAUUGGGGUUUAAAGAUCUAUAUUUGUAUGAUCUUCUGGGCUGUGAAAUAAAACGUAAACGUGGAGUCACAAAAAAAUCGCGAUAUUUUAGUAAGUCAAGCAGGGCAAUCAUUCAAAGUCCUAGUACCGUUAUCAAGUCAUCUGAUAAAAGUGGCAUGUCGACAGAUGUAAUUCGUUUUCCUGAUGAACUUAGUACUUGCGCAUCAACAACGGGAAUAAGAAACAAUGAUAUUUUAGAUCUUUGUGAAGAACUUAACCGUCGGGUCUACGAUCGACCAGGUGAUUUGAUUUCGUGGUUCAAUUUAAUUGAUAUACAAGACAAAGGAGCUUCUUUUCUACAUAUUACAAGUGCUGGUUUUGAACAGAAACAGUUAUGUUCUGACUUUAAAUUUUCUAAAAGUGACAGACUUAUUAUACUGAAGAAGCAGUUAUCAAUGGCUGAUCGAGCUCUUACGGCUAAUCCUGGUAAUUUGACAUUGAAAUUAUUCAUAAUUAAAACAAACGAACUGGUGGCUGAACUUGAAGCUCAUGGUGCCUCGAAAUCUUCAUCUAACAAGGAAGUUUGUCAGGCCGAUCAAAUUAAUCGGGAUUGGGCUCAGCUUGUAUUCACUUAUCCCCAACUUGUACCCAUGUGGCGUGGGUAUACGGCGCAUCUAAUGGGUCGGAAUUCAUCAUUAACUACUAUAAAUCAAGGAGUUGGAAAUGGGGUAUUUUCACGCAUUGAUGGUGUUUAUAAGAGAGGUCUAUCAACAUUAUCAGGUAUAAUAUCCGGAAGAAUAUUAUCACAUAGACCACAACCAGAUACUGUAGAAAGAACAAUCGACUACUUGGCUGAUUAUUGCCAUUGGUUAGCUCAAGCAGGACAUUCAGAACGAGCUUUAGCAGUAUGGCAAGCUGUUAUUGAAUUCAAUUGUUUUCGUCCUACAGAAAUUGAACAAAGUUCAUUUGAGCAACGGAUUCUAGAAAUGGAAUUAUUUUGGUCAAGUGGUAUGCCUAGAUUUGGUCAACCUGGUUCACAACAUUGGAAUGGAUGGUUUAAAACUCGAAAUAAACGACAGGAUAAAUCGCGACUAAAAGAAUCAAAAUUAUCUAAAAGUCAUAAGAGAAAUCAAAUUAUUUCACCAAUUAUUUCCGAAAUAACUUCAGACAUGUCAGUUGAAGAACUACAUUCUAAGUGGACUAGUGUAGCUGGAAAAUUAACCGCUAUUGCUAGCACUUGUGAAGACGCAUUGAUUAGUUGUUCAGGAGAAGGUAUUCCUGAUGAAUCCUAUGAAAAUACAGGUCCAGAUGUUGUUCCAUCCAUUCUUUCGUCAGAAGUUGCAGCUGAUCAAUGGGUUCGUCGUGGGAGCAUUCCUUCACUUGCAGGCCAUGGUUCAUUUGGAAAGAGUCGAGCCAUCUUAUAUCGUCGUGGAAAAGCUUGGGUUGGUCUAGAACGUGCUCGCGAAGCAGUUGGUUGGCUACCUUCAGAUGUAUUAAACGCUCAGGAUCAAAAAGACAUAGAAGAUGAAGAUCCUGAGAGAUUAGUUUUAUUUGAUGAUAUUAAACCAUGCCUAAUAGAUUUAUGGAAAUUUGAAGAAAGAUCAACAGCUGACACUCCUCAAAGUCGAGCUCGUAGAGCAUUAUUUCAACAGCGCUUAUUCUUAUUGUGUUUAGAGUUUCUUGGAGCAUACGAUCGUGAUAUAGCUAAAUCUCAUCACUUUCCUAUGGAUAUUCGUCUUGUACAUGAUUUGGCAUCUGUAGGUAGCAUUCAACGUCAAGGUUUAACACCAUGUCCAUCACAAUCAUGGAUGUCGAGUAAUUUAGACACUACACAUAAUCGAGCUAAUAACAAUGAUAGUAACAAUAAAGGACAAUUGAAUACACCAUCACAAUUGGCUAAUGAACAUCAAGAUGUUUGGGCACAAGCCCAUCGUUGUUUUAUUGAUGCUGCACUUACUCAAAUGAAUGAAAUUCCAUCAUGGUGGCCUACUGAACUUAAGGAAAAUUGGCGUACAACGUUGAGUAAACUACGUUUUACAUUGGCAUCUGAACGUCUUUCCAAUGCUAUUCAAACACAUCUAGUUAAUGUUAAGACUGCUAUAUCCAUUUGGCGCACUUGUGGUCGGACAAUCAUAUCCGAGGGUAAAAACCAAAAAGAUUUAAAUUUAUGGCGAUCCUACGCUAAAGGUUUCUGGCAAAUAAGUCAUGAUUUACUUGUAACGGCUACAUGUCAAGAUGCUGGGAUUCCAAUUCAAGAAUCAAGACGCAUAUUUGAUUCGGCCUUAAGCAUGUAUCCUAUACCGGAAGAUUUCGGACCAUCAAUUGAUGAUAUGGAUAAGUUGGUUGAAUUUCAUCAAACUGUAUAUACUCCUAGAUUGAAACUUCUACAGGAUUAUAUUGAUUUAGAACUGGAUGUAUGCCCUGGAUCAGGUAGUUGUCAAAAAGGAUUCAAUGAAGAAAAUCGUGUAUUAUAUUUACUAACAUAUAUCGCAAUUGGUGGUGUUUACCAUUCAUAUGAACAACAAUCUACCAGUGAAAUUUUACCGUCAAUUAUUGUGAAAACUAAUUAUCGUUUUGGUAAGCGUAUUGAAGCUAUAUGGACAACAUUGGUUGGAUUGCCAGAGGAUUUAACCACUCAAAUUAAUAACUAUCAAGAGUUUUUAGAUGGUCUACUUGGUACUGUCCCUAUUCUAUGCUAUUUAAAUUUAAUGUUUGAUCUUUUAACAACAGAUGAAAAGGCUUUAGACUCAUCACUUGCUAGUCUACUGCCUAUUCUUGGACGAAUUGAUAGAUUAUGUAGUAAAUUUCUAUCUAUCAAUUUAGACGAAUCUUAUCCUCUUGGUUCAAAAUCAAGUAGUCGUUGGUCAGAAAAUAAUAAUUUAUCUGAUGAUAAUGAUGAUUUAAUCCCGGCACCGUUACAAAAUCGUAUUUGUACUAAUAAAUUUAUUAAUUUAACAAUUGGCGGUUUAUCUGCAUUCUGUGCUCUACGUCAGCGCAAUCGACGUCCACUUUUAAAUCAUUUAUUUCAAUUAAUAAUGAAACAUAAUAAAUAUCAUUCAAGUGAUAUACUAAUGGAUUUAAUGUUUCCAUCACAAUUAAGUUAUCUUCUUCCAUCAAGGAUUUCAUUAGAUCAAAGAAAAUUACCCCUAUCUCUGAUGAAUGCAUCUUCAUGUCAUGGUCUGUUACCACCGUUAUUCUUAGCUUCUUUUAUUCAUCAAUUAAAUCAUUUAAGACAAAAUGUAGCAAAGUUAGCCUCUCAAUCUGUUAUUCAACAAUCACUGAAUAGUAUAUCACGUUCAAAUAUUCGACAAAAUCAACAACAAAAUAUUAAUUUUUUGGAAGGAUCAAUUGGUGCAGAAGUCAAUAGUUUUAUUGGUCAUCAAUUAGAACUAUGUUCUGCUUGUUUACCAAAUGUUUUAGAUUUAUUCAUUUUAAGUUUAGAAUUAGAACGAUGGACGAGUUUAAUUGCUGGUGUUACUUGUGAUUAUGGUGAUGGAAGAAAUUCCGUAAGUGAUCAACGUGUACGUAAUGCAUUUGAGAAAGCUGUGCAAAUUAGUCCAUUUCUUACAUCAUUUAUAUCUUCUGAAGGAAACUUGAUUCAUGUAGCUCUAGGUGCUAAUACACCGUCAUUCUGGUCGGCGCAUUUACGUUUAGUUAUAUGGAGAGCUUAUAUGGCAUUUGGUUGGAUGGCUGGUCCACCUCAUACUUCUAAUACAUCUACUACAACUAUUACAAAUAAUUUAGAUCCUCGUCAACGUCGUCAAGCUGUAAAAGCAGUUUUUUACCGAGCUGUUGAAGAUGUUCCAUGGGCUAAAGCUCUGUAUACAGAUCUAGUUCGUUAUUGUCCAGAAGAUGUUGAAGAAGUUGUUGAUUUAUUAUCGGAACGUGAAUUAAGAUUAAGAACACCGUUAGAAGAAGUUGAUCUGUUAUUGACUGCCAGGCCUCAUGAAUAAAUAUAUAUCUUGUAUACUAUGAUUAUUUUAAAUCGGAAACCAAUACAUGUAUAGUUUCUUUUCCUACGUCCAUAAGUUUAUAUACUAAUAAAUUAUUCAACAUUCAC